GGAUAAUUUCAUAAAAAUGUCAAAAGCUCAAUACAGUUAUAUAUUUAACAAUCGAUGUUUACCAAAAGUUCUAGAAGAUUUACAAACAUAAUGAGUUUCGGAUAUUUAUAUUUUGUUGAUUAUAUUCAUCACUUAUGUUACAAAUUAUGAAUUUUGGUAGUGUUACGAACUUCCAGAAUUCUCUAUCUCUUUCUAAACUUAAAAAGAAUGUAUGACUUUUGCUACAUAUAUGAUGAUAUAUUACAAAAGAUCAUAAAAUUGUGAUUAUGGGUUUUAAUUCUUUUCAUCCUGUCUAUAAACUAGAAUGAUUGUAUGUACCAAAAUCUUUAUUACUAGUAAAAAGCAAAUAUAUAUUUGGAUUGAAACGUUAUCCAAAAAAAUGCUAUAUUUUGUUAAUCCUUAGGGGCUAAUGAGCUAUUAAGUAAUAAGAAAGGACCAAAUGUGAUAAUGUCUGAUAGUUACAGGGCAUACAGACAAAUAUUAUUUCUGCCACUCAACAGAAUAACCGAAAGAAAUCAUAAGGUGGCGACUGUACAAUGUGCAUCUCAUGUCAAAUAUGUAUUAUACUAUUAUCUCCUCCGAUACUAUCUUCGAUCUCCCCAUUUCAGUUGGUUAAUUUCUUGUGGAAAAUCGAUCCGAUUAGCUGCAUUAAUUCCACUCUGUUUCUGUUAAAAAUCUGCUCCAUUUAAUCAGCAUCAGCAAUUCCGACGGCGAUAGAAUAUGGCUAAGGAAUCGGAGACCGGAAACCGUCUGGUGUUCGCUUAUUAUGUUACUGGCCAUGGAUUCGGGCAUGCAACUCGUUGCGUUGAGGUUGUUCAUCAUCUGAUUCUCUCUGGUCAUGAUGUUCAUGUGGUUACUGGUGCUCCUGAUUUUGUCUUCACUUCUCAAAUACAAUCUCCACGACUUUUCCUUCGAAAGCUAGUGAUAGACUGUGGAGUAGUUCAAGCUGAUGCUUUAACAGUAGACAGACUUGCUUCCUUGGAGAAAUAUUCUGAGACAGCAGUUGUUCCUCGUGAUUCUAUCUUGGCAACAGAAGUGAAGUGGCUAAAAUCCAUCAAGGCAGACUUAGUGGUAUCAGAUGUUGUUCCAGUUGCUUGUCGUGCAGCAGCUGAUGCUGGUAUUCGUGCAGUUUGUGUAACAAAUUUCAGUUGGGACUUCAUUUAUGCAGAAUAUGUUGUGGUUGCUGGAUAUCAUCAUAGAUCAAUAGUUUGGCAGAUAGCUGAGGACUAUUCACAUUGUCAAUUCCUGAUACGUCUUCCAGGAUUUUGUCCAAUGCCUGCUUUUAGAGAUGUGGUUGAUGUACCUUUGGUUGUGAGGAAGCCACGAAAAUCACGCAAGGAGGUAAGAGACGAAUUAGGUAUCAAAGACAAUGAGAUGGCCAUGGUACUCAACUUUGGUGGACAAUCAUUAGAUUGGAACUUAAAGGAGGAGUACUUGCCUCCUGGUUGGAUUUGCCUGGUUUGUGGAGCACAUGACAAUCAGCAGGAGCUUCCUCACAAUUUCAAGAAGCUGGCAAAGGACGUUUAUACCCCUGAUGUCAUGGCAGCAUCUGACUGCAUGCUUGGUAAAAUUGGAUAUGGAACUUGUAGUGAAGCUUUGGCAUACAAAUUACCUUUUGUGUUUGUACGUAGAGAUUAUUUCAAUGAAGAACCAUUUUUGAGAAAUAUGCUUGAGUAUCAUGAAAGUGGUGUUGAGAUGAUAAGAAGGGACUUACUUGUAGGUCAUUGGAGGCCAUAUCUUGAAAUAGCAACUACUUUGAAACCUAGCUAUGAGGGUGGUGUCAAUGGUGGUGAGGUUGCAGCCAAGAUUUUGCAGGAUGCAGCUCAUGGAAAGAAUUACAAAUCAGAUCAGGAUAGUGGGGCAAGGAGAUUGUGUGAUGCCAUAGUGCUUGGAUUUCAAUUACAAAGAGCUUCAGGAAGAGAUAUCAGUAUCCCAGAAUGGUAUACUAAUGCUCAAAAUGAACUUGGUUUUCGUACAGGAUCACCACAAUCAUCUGAUGCUGCUAAUAAUAAUUCUAGCUUUUUUCAGAAUUCAGUUUGUGAUGAGUUUGAGAUUCUUCAUGGAGAUGUAAAGGGUCUUCCAGACACCAUUAACUUUUUGAAAAGUUUGGCUGAAUUACGUGUCUCUCAUAAUUCUGAAAAGCCAUGCAUAAGAGAACGCAAGGCUGCAGCUGCUCUCUUUAACUGGGAGGAAGAGAUAUAUGUGGCAAGGGCACCAGGAAGAUUAGAUGUGGUUGGAGGAAUUGCAGACUACUCUGGAAGCCUAGUUUUGCAGAUGCCAAUUAGAGAAGCUUGCCAUGUUGCUGUGCAAAAGAUUCAACCAGCCAAACAGAGGCUCUGGAAGCAUGCACAGGCUCGACAGCAAGCCAAAGGACAAAAACAAACACCUGUUCUCCAAAUUGUGUCAUAUGGAUCAGAGUUGAGUAAUCGUGGUCCAACAUUUGACAUGGACAUAUCAGACUUUAUGGAUGGAGGGAAACCGAUUUCAUAUGAAAAGGCAAAACAUUACUUUUCCCAAGAUACAUCUCAAAGAUGGGCUGCAUAUGUUGCUGGUGCCAUUAUUGUUUUAAUGAAAGAAUUGAAUGUCAGGUUUGAAAGCAGCAUCAGCAUGCUGGUUUCCUCUGCUGUUCCAGAAGGAAAAGGCGUUUCUUCUUCUGCAUCUGUGGAGGUAGCUACUAUGUCAGCUAUUGCUUAUGCACAUGGAUUAAAUAUCAGUCCAAGAGAGCUUGCUUUACUCUGCCAAAAGGUGGAAAAUUAUGUGGUUGGAACACCAUGUGGAGUGAUGGACCAAAUGACUUGUGCAUGUGGUGAAGAAAACAAGCUUCUUGCAAUGAUUUGUCAGCCUGCUGAGGUAUUAGGGCUAGUGGAUAUUCCUAGUCACAUACAGUUUUGGGGAAUUGACUCUGGUAUACGCCACAGUAUUGGGGGUGCUGAUUAUGGAUCUGUAAGGAUAGGAGCCUUUAUGGGUCGAAAAAUUAUCACAUCUAUUGCAUCUUCUAUGAUUUCUCAAGCAUCUUCAAAUAGUAAUGGGCAUAAUAAUAAUCAUGAGCAUGACAUUCGCCUACUUAAAACCGAAGCUUCUUUAAAUCAUUUAUGCAAUCUCACCCCACAUAGAUAUGAACAUACAUAUGUUAAGAAUCUACCCGAGUCUAUAUCUGGUGAAGCCUUUUUGAAAGAAUAUAAGGAUCACAAUGAUUCAGCAACAGUUAUCAAUACCAAAUGUAUUUACCCCAUCAAACCAGCUACCACACAUCCCAUUUAUGAAAAUUUCCGUGUCAAGGCCUUCAAAGCACUACUAACAUCAUCACCUUCAGAAGACCAACUCACUGCUCUUGGAGAACUCCUGUAUCAGUGUCACUAUAGCUACAGUGGUUGUGGAUUAGGGUCAUAUGGAACAGAUAGACUAAUCCAAUUGGUUCAAGAAAUGCAACACAAUAAUAAUAAUAAUAAAUCAACACAAACAGAUGGAAGCUUAUUAUAUGGGGCAAAGAUCACUGGAGGUGGAUCUGGUGGGACCAUUUGUGUUCUUGGAAAGAAUUCUCCUCAAACUAGACAGCGUAUCACUCAGAUUCAAAAGAGAUACCAAAAUGCAACAGGCUACAAGCCAUUUGUCUUUGAGGGUUCAUCACCGGGUGCAGGGAAAUUUGGUUAUUUGAAAAUUCGAAGCAAAAACAAGUAAUAUUUUUUUAUUAAUGUAAAUCCAUAAUCGUAUAUUUGUAUUCUUACUAGGAAAAGAAGAUUUUGUUGCAUACCUUUUUUUUUGUGGUUGAAAAAUACAAUUCUUGGGGGUGUUGUGUGGUUGAAAAAUACAAUUCUCAGGGUCUUGUAAAAUUUUGGUUUUAUUUACAAUUUUUGUAGGAAAGAAUAUAUUUGACAAAUUGAAUGCAAAUGUAAUCUAAUCAAUGUCACAAAAAUGUUUAGUUCAUUUUUUAAAACCAAAGGGUUUGUAGCCUAGAGGUAUCAUGUGUUUGUGGAAAGGGUGCCCAUCAGCCAAAGGUUGAGGGUUCAAGUCUUGCUAGGGACGAAAUGAAUAGUUUAGGAGUAAUGUAGGGAGUGUGUUGUGUUUGCCGUUCUAAAAAAAGUUCGGUUUUUAACGGGGAAUUCUUUAUCCCCC